UGCAACCCGGUAUGCAACCCGGCAUGCAGCCGGGGAUGGCGCCAGGCAUGCAGCCGGGGAUUACCCCUGGAAUGCAAUCCCUCAUGCAGCCAGGUCCAGGGAUGCAACCUACCGCAAUGCAACUCAUGCACCCCGGAUUGCAGCCUGGGAUGCAGCCGGGCAUGCAACCCG